UUGUAUCGAACUAUCAAUUGUUUCUUUUCUCGUUUAACCAAAAUGGAAUUGAGAUAAAAAUUACAAUAUUUUUUAUGUUUUAUAAAUACAAAAUUUCUUGUCAGAUAUCUAAAUUUAUAAGAAUUUGAUUACAAUGCCUCCUAAGGUAGCCAAAACCGCUAAUGUCGGUGGUGAUACAAUAGAAUCUAAGAAAAUUACGAAUGCAGCGAUUUGCGGGAUACCCUCUCCAGGACCAAAAUACAAAUUGAAAACGCUCGUUGGUCACGAAGAUCAUUGUAUUUCGAAGUAUCGAAAUCCGGCAUACACGUUUGGUAUAAGACGUAUGCCUGAAGACACAUGUAAAGGUCCUGGACCAAAAUAUAUGCUUCCAGAAGAAAAACUAAAAGGUUUUACUCAUGGAUUCUUGUUAAAAACCACAGAUAAAACUUGUGGACCUGGUCCGAAAUAUUUUAUACCAAGUCCUCCAAGCGGUCCUAUGUUUUCUCUAGGAUGGCGUACCAAAUACAGAAGUGAUUGCCUAUCACCUGGACCUUAUGACAUAAAGAGCAUCUUUCCUGGACCAAGCUUUACCAUAGGAGUACGUCUUCCUGAUUUCAAAUGUAUUGGUGGACCAGGACCUUCUGGCAUGUAUACAUUGGAUGUGAUUAAACCAAGAUCACCAAUGUUUAGUUUAGGUUUUCUUCAUCCCGAUAAAGAUAUCUGUAAGAGUCCAGGACCUAAAUAUGAUCCCAAACUAUUAGAUCUAUCACCAAAGUUUUCUUUUGGAAUGAAGCAUAGUGUUUGUGCACCACCGUACAUCGUCGAGUGUGACGACAAAUGUUAAACGUAAAAUUUAUCGAUCCAAGACUUUUAGAAACUGUUCCGAUUAUUUUUUUUUCAGUAGAAAACUGCCGUUCAUAUGAACUAUCAUAAAUAAAGUCAAUAAUUUCAGUAAAUAAUAUCACCAUUAGAUUUCAUAUGUAUAAUAAAAAAGUAAAGAAUUUUAAUUAAACUUAUUAUACUAAGAACUAACAAUAAACUACAAAUAUCUUCAAAAUUGUCUAAGAACAUUAACUCGUAAAUAAUAAUAAACAUAUUUUAAAACAUGAUAUUGGAAGAACUUUGUAAGCAUGAUCAUGUAAAAUAGUUGGUCUUGUGUAAUAUAAACAUAUUCGGUCUUUUAAUUAACUUUGACAAUUACCAAGUUAAUUUUUUUUUGUAUACCGACUCGUGAUUAUAGAAACUCUUUCUUAUUAAACGUGACAACUUAUAAAUUCA